CAUCCCACCUGUACCCAAGCUGUGAACCAAGCGAGAGUCCACCAGCAGUGAGCACAUUUCCAUUCCAGUAGUCUGCCUCUGCACAGUCCAUCGGUAGGCUUUGGAUGAUUCGCAGCGCUCUGCCGUCGACUAGUCCAGUCAGUCGAUUACUAAACCUUGCAUCAGGUAGACGACAUUCGUUCCCGCGCUCUAUAGCGUAUACUACAGUGUAGACAAUUGUGGUUCUGCGUUUACGUUCGCGCGAUUAGUUUUGGCGCGGAGCAGACACGUGCCCUCAACUGGAAGGCACUUCAAGUGUUGGUUCAAUCUCUUAGAUCCGAAUUUGUGCCGGAUUAAGGGCCGUGAACCAUCGGAGCAUUGUGAGGUUUUCCUUUCCCGGAGUAUUAGAAAUGCCUUUGAUGUUGAGUGAUUCAAGCGAGAAACCCAAAACCGGAAAGUUGUCCGCAGGAAGAUUCCCUUUCGUUUAAGACCUCCCAACUUUUAUGUGUGCAGGGGGUGGAAGCAGUGCAAGUGAAAAUUGACUUGGCGGCUCAAAACGUAAAGUAAAAGAGAAAAACCGUAACCGAUUCGUUUGGUUAUGCGGCGACUAUGCAAUUGUGAAUGUGAAGUGAAUUUGGUUAUGCUCCACCAAGAUCUGCUAGCAUGACGACGACUCCGAGAUGGGGCAAAAACCGCCGAAGAGAGUGAAUGGAAGAAAUGCACAUUCGAUGGUGAUAUACUAGCUACAGAGCUAUUAAUUAUGCCAACAAUUGGAGUGUGAGUCGAAGACGAAGAAGCGAAAAUCGCAGAAGACGGUCAGUGCUAGGAAUAGAAGUCUUGCAUAGAAAAAAAAUAAGAGUGAAUACAACAGAAACAGCCUUCGCGCGGGGGCGGCCUUGUGGGCAAUCGAGUGGAUCCUACCUUACCUUUUUAAAAGCUUCGAAGCGUCGAGGCGCCAAAGUGAAAAGCGAAGGAAAAGUGCACGCUAUGCUAAAAAUGCAAUUUCACUGCAAUUUUAAGUGAGGUGCGAGAAAAAGGAUCUCGGUUUUAGUGUUGCUUGCUGUUGUUAGUAUUUCCAGUGGGUGGUGAAACUUUGUUUUGAUUUUUUGUGUGUUGAGCUCGUCGCUUCUUAACUUGAUUACCGGAGUCCGCCGGAGCGGAACGAAAAUGAAAAUGAUCAAAGGCAUAACGACGACUAUGACGAUGAGUACGACGAGAUUGGCCCUUCUAGUGACGCUUUUUGCGCUGACAACGGCCGUAGUGAUAGUGAAAUCGGAUUCUGUGCCGGAACGUGGUCCUGUGGAGGCUUCGUCGUCAGGGGUGGAGACUGAUAUGAGUGGUUUAGGUGGAGAUUUGGAGGCUUCGUCGCCUGAUGGGCGGCCAGUCCAAGAAAUUGACGAUGACCGGAGCGAACGUGUGGAAGGUUUUGCUGCAGAUGAUACUCCAACAGUGCAGGCUCAUCUCCUAACGACGAGUACAACGCAAAAUCUUCCAACGCAUCCGCUAACUAGAAAUGAAGACGAAACCGUUUCUACCGCUCCACUAGAUAACUACGAAGGAAGAAGACGUCGUCGUUUGGGAAGAAAACGCAAACGUAGGCCACUACAUGACGAUUACUGGCAGGGAGGACCCGGUCCAAGAGAUGAAACUGAACCGGAGCAAAUCUACCGGGAACCGGAACCAGAACGAAAGCGGCCCUACUCUCGCUGGGAACGUCAACGUCCGGCCGAUCGGUGGGCCAAUCCCUAUACCGACGCCGUUGAUCCACACUCCACGUUCAGCAGCGAUCCACCUUCUAUCCGACGGCCUUACGAACCGUACAACAAUCGAGGCAACCGAGAGAAUUUUCAACCUAUUGACUCCAAUAGGCAAAGAAGACUUCCCAGACCGGAGGAGCAUCCGACUCCCGGAUCCGGGCACAAGGCCUAUCGUAAACCAUAUUCACAAGCCAAGCGAAACGAAGAAGAAGGUGGAUCGUCUGACGAACAAGGUAAAACCGCUGCUGCCGACCUGAAAGCCCUGCUGAAACAAUCAGGAGGAUUGAGUCUAAGUGAGAUUCUACAGCAACGAAACAUUUCCCUUCAAGAUCUGAUCAAGGGCAAGCAAAUGGCUCUUGCUGCGUUAACACAAAGUCCCCUGGAUAUUACGACAGUUACCGAACAAGACAACGAAGUUUCUUCCACGGUAUCUACAUUAUCCAGCGUCAGGUUCCGACUGAACGAAGAACCUACUCCACGAACAGAUUUCCAAGAAAUCAAAUCUAUGAAGCGGAUUCCAGUAUUCUCGCCUUCUGCAGCUCCCAGCACAGCAACCGAACCAUCAACGACUACAACAAUUACCACCACAACUACCACAACGGAGCUUCCACCAACAGCUCAAGACGAAACCAACUCCGUUGAAGACAUCAUUACACUCGAAAACCUCGGAGACCAUAACGAAAAUGUUGCCAUUUUCCCAACGGUUGAAAUCAAACAGCUUGCUCUUAAUCCAGUGCUUCCCACCGUCAAAGAGGAACGACUUCGACCCAUCAAAGGAAUAGCGUCCCGAAUACGCCCAGAUCUGAGCAAUUCCAAUAUUCGCACAGAGGAAAUCUUCUCCGGCACCAAUAAAAGACUAGAAUCUCUCAAACCGUACGCCACAGCCGAGCCAUGGCACUCAUCAACAUCCACUUCCGCCUCAUCAACCACUUUCAUUCCAAGCACUACAACUCGCGAGAAGUGGACUCCCUCAGCCGCCCUUCAAGGAAAAUAUCUCAACAGGUUCCAGCAAACCAAAUCUCGACAACGACCCACGGUAGCCGCGUCCUCCGACCCCAAUCCAGAAGAACAAACCGAACAGACUCUUCCCGAAACGGAAGCAGCCCCGAUCCUGAUAUCCUCCGAGCGCACCCUCAUGCGAGUCCCCACUGUUCGCAACCGGCUCUCUAUGAAGCUCAAAAUCCGAACUUCUACGGCGGCACCCUUCUCGGCUCAACCACAGUCCACCGAGAACCACCAACUCGCCGACAUAGAAUUCCACGACGAGUCCGAGAACGUCACCAAGCUGCUCGAAAGUGAAGAACCCGAGCUGAACAUCAUCGAAAAGUUCACCUCCUUCGAGGACACCAAGAGCGCCUCAAUCCCGCACUCGAGCUCCUCAUCCGAACCAUCAACCACCGAGUUCAGCGAAGACGACCUCAUCGAGCGAAUCAACCAGAACACCCAACGAUCCUUCACGGACAGCCUCGAGGAAUACUUCCGCGACGUCACCGAGAGCAACCCAUCGCUGUUCAACGAUCUUGGCCCACUCACCCUAUCCGAGGAUCGCAAAGAAAUCCUAGAGCUGAUGGAAGACCGACGCAUCGGCGCUCGUCUCGCUAAAGUUCUCUCCCAAAGAAACAUGACUCUGGAAGAACUCCUAGAACAUCGCAAACGAGGCUCUAGCCAAUUGCACCUCUCGGAAAUCAUCAACGGCAAAACCAGGCCUGUCGAAGACAACAUGGAUAUCGUCACGGCCUUCGAGCACUUCCCGCGGUUCAACCUGGGCAACCUGCGUAGCGUUCAGCCGGACGACAUCAAGCUCGACUCUCAGGGCUUCAGCUACUUCACGUCCAUCAUCAGCAUGCGACCCACGGACGAAACCUACAAGGAGGGUCGUUCGAUGCAUCACCGAGGUGAUCACAAGUUUCUCGAUUGGAAACUGCAACCACACCAGCAGCACCCAGCCAAUCACAAAAUGGACGGGAUCCAUUUUUUAGGUAACGGCGGAUCGAAGGGUGGGCUGAUAACCCCUUCGAGAAUGUCCGCCGACGCCGAGUUCGACAGCAGCCACGACCAACCCAGUAGUAGCGAUCUGCUCGAUCUGGAACUGACCGGCCACGGGUUCAACCACCGGCACACGGUAACCAUCGAGAGCGCCUCGAUGCCGCUGGGCGUCAAGUCGGCGAUCGUGGCCAGCUCGUGUAUUGUCGGCGUAUCGCUGGCCGUGUUUGCGUUGAUCUUCGUCGUGUGCCGAUGGCGCCAGCGGCGAAGAAACAAACUCAACUACACGGAGAACUUCAACAUGGCCAAGGGCCGGCUGCCAAUGAUGCACACCGAGAGUCUGAAGAACGAGCAGAUGCAGGUGUACACGACUCAGCAGUCGCUGCAUCAACAGCUUCCGCAACAACAGCAGCAGCAGCAACAUCAACAGUAUUCACAUCAUCAGCGUCAACGGAAGGACAGUAAGGUCAACACGAUGGAUCCCAACUCGCAGGAGGUGCAGGACUACCUGUGGGACACGAUGCGCAAACCGUUCCAGUAGGUGCUCCAUCAGACGCUGCAGGACAUCAUUUUGAAGCCAUACGUACUGCGCCGCGGAACAACUGAAAAUUUAGAUCCAAUGCCCACUCUGCAUCCAGAAAUCAGUAGAACAUGGGACGUCCCUGAAGACCCCCUAGUAGAUUCUCCACGGCCAACCGACUCAAAUCGGAAUAGAAAUUUAGCAGUUACUAUUUUCCAGUCCUUCCUUCCCUAGAUACUGUUCUGCUUAACUGUUCUUUCGAAUUCGACUAUCCAUCCGCACUAUCUGCUAUUAUUAUGAGUUCAUUUAUUAAUAAUAACCACGAUUCUGUGGAUGGGCACAACGUUACGAUUCAAUAUCCGCUUGAACGGGCACCCACCAUCUACAAACGACAAGGGCCAUGUCACUACAUGACAGUUGAUUGAUGCAAACAGGCAGCGGAAAAUGCGCGCGAAAAGAGAAAAAGUAGAGAGUAAUGAAAGCAAAUCAAUAAAAGGGCGCAAAAGUGAAAUGUAAUGAUCCAACAGAAAACGGGAGAUGGAUCGGAAACAUGCAACAACAAAAAUGCAUAAAACAAAUCAUAGGAAAGUAAGUGUGAACAAUGUGCAAUACAAAUAACGAGAAGCAUAAUCAUAAUCAUCCACAUCAUCGUAAUUGUCGGUGCAAGCGAUAAUAUCACCUGGCAUGUUAAAUAAAGCAACAGCGAGAUAUGUUUUAAUUUAGUACCUAGCAAACGCUAACACGGUGCUCCGUAGACCGUUAACCGAAAAAAAAAGUCUUCGUCAAAUCUGUGCUCAACAGUCGUUUUCUACGGUUAAAAUGUAUGUCUGGGCAGAAUUUAAAAAAAAAACAUAGGACUGGUUUUGAAGUUUCGCCUUUUUGAUGUUAUACGACAUCAGAUACGAAAUCAGAUAUAUUUAAACGGUUAUUUUACUAGUUCGUUUUAAUUUACCAUUUACCGUGAUUAUCAGAAGAAUAAUUGCUUCAAAACAUGUAAUUCUGAUUUAUUUUGAUUUUGUGGACUUUUGCCAUCAAAAACCGUAAUUUAGAAACGAGCCCUACGUAAUUUUCUAAACUUUGCCAAGAUACGCAACAUAACCACAGAAAACGACUCAUGAGUACAGUUUUGAUGGUUUUUUUUUUCGAUAACAACGGUCUGAGGAGCACCGUGGAUAAUUUAUGUGCAACAUCGGUAGCCAUUCAUGUACGAGAGCUACAGACCCCUUCACCCUGUUCUUCACCCCUCAUUCCAUUAUUGUAGUGAUAGUGAUUUUAGCUGUAAGGAUUUGAAAAAUAUUUCUUUGAAAUUCAAGACAAUGUAAGAUAUGAAAUCGAGUAAAAGAGACUGGCAGAGAACGAUGAAAUACGAAAUAAAAAAAAACAGUUCGAAAAGCACCGCCCGCAGUAAACAAGUACAUAGGAAUAAAACCGGUCGAACAUUGGUUGGUUGAUUGAAUCCGAGAUCGUCAUUACGCUCAUUAGUCAAUUUUACACUUUAUUUGGCCGGAUCCAGUCGGUCCGAACCGUGUCUCGAAAUUAAUUCCAUUCGAAUGCAUAUACAAUUAUACAUACAUUACAUUAUACAUACAAUUAACUCGAUUCCAACCAAUCGCCACCCAUUGGGUCCCCGGUGCCCAUUGCUACAGGGUAGGAGAUAAUGAUUGUAUUUAAAUGGGUGCCAAACCAGGUAUUACCGAGGUGUGGGUGGCACCGGGAAUAAAAAA